UAAAGUGGGAAAUUUGAAUUUAUAAACAAGUAAAACACUACCGAUCUGUUUACAAUAAUUAUAAUGACAAAAAGAAGAGGGAAAGAACAGAAAGUCCCAGAAGAACCAGAAGAAAGAUACUUCCUGAAUCCAGAGUCGGUCAGUUCCCACUUAUUCUGUUCUAUAUGCCAGGACGUUUUCAACCAGCCAUACAGAGCUCCCUGUGGUCAUAGUUUCUGCAAAGCGUGCAUAACGUCAUGGUUAAGGAACAGCAAGACUUGCCCAGAGGACAGAAAGAGCUUACAGUUUAACCAAAUGCACCAUGACUUUAUUGUUGAAAAUAUUAUAGGAGAUCAAAUGGUAGCAUGUCCAUUUAGAAAGUCGGGCUGUGAUUUCAUUGGGCAGUUGCAAAUGUUAAAAUCUCAUAAGAAAUCGUGUGAUUUCAAUCCUAACAACCUACCUGAUUUUUUGAAAAAUAAAGAAAAAGAUAACACUCCAGAUUUGAAUAUGACAGAUGACGAAGUCAUGCCCUCACCAGCCAAGCCGUCCUUAAUGAUGAGACUUUUUCGUUCAGGCGACAGCCAGAAAAAUUUGUUGAAAACUAUGUUUGAAGACAAAGAAAAUACACCUUCAACUUGAUAUUAAUCGUCGUGUUUGGAUAUUUAUAUUUCUAUUGUUCAUCAAAUAAUAUACUUAUUUA